GUUUUCCUACUUUCGCACUGUUUUGGUUGACAUUGAGCAACUUGAGUGGAGGAUAUAAGUUGAUUUACGAACAAGGUCACGGUAAGGAGGAAACGUGCGAUAUUCCCCAUUUUGUUCGAAAAAGAAAUAAAUAAAGUUAUAUUUAUAUUAUUUCGAAGAUGUCUUCCCGAUUUUCAUGUGUUGAAGCUGCUCCCCCUGUUGAAAUUUUCGCUUUAAAUAAAGCUUAUAAAGAAGAUUCAUUUCCGGAUAAAGUUGACUUAGGAAUCGGUGCUUAUAGAACGGAUGAAGGGAAGCCAUGGGUAUUACCUGUGGUUAGAAAAACUGAAAAAGCAUUGAGUGAAGAUGAGACUUUGAAUCAUGAAUAUCUCGGUCAGCUUGGUUUGGAUGAGUUCAGCAAAGCAGCUUCUCGAAUGUUGUUGGGUGAAGAUAGUCCUGCCAUCAAGGAAAACAGAACUUUAGGUGUGCAAACUUUAAGUGGAACUGGUGCCUUAAGAGUUGGAGCUGACUUUUUAGCCAGAUGUGCAAACUUUACAGAUUUCUACAUGUCUGCCCCCACUUGGCCUAAUCAUCGAUUGGUAUUUAUGCAUGCUGGGUUUAAAAAUUGCCACACAUAUAGAUACUGGAACCCUACUAAAAGAAACUUAGAUUUUGAAGGAAUGCUUCAAGAUUUGGAGAAUGCUCCUGAGGAUUCAGUCAUUAUUUUACAUGCUUGUGCACACAAUCCUACUGGUGUAGAUGCAACACAAGAUCAGUGGAAACAGAUUGCCGACUUGAUAGAGAGGAAGAAAUUGUUUCCAUUCUUUGAUUGUGCUUAUCAAGGUUUUGCAUCUGGAGAUUUAAUAAAGGACAGUUGGGCUGUUCGUUAUUUUGUGGAUCGUGGAUUCGAACUUCUUUGUGCUCAGUCAUUUGCCAAAAACUUUGGAUUAUACAAUGAAAGAGCUGGGAAUCUGACCAUAGUAGCUAAGGAUCCAGAAGCUCUUGUUAACAGUCGUGCUCAAAUCACUUUGUUGGUGAGAGGGAAUUAUUCUAAUCCACCAUGCCAUGGAGUAAGGAUUGUUUCUCGAGUUCUUAACGACCCAACUUUAUUUGCUGAAUGGCAAGGUCAUAUUAGUGAAAUGUCUGGAAGAAUAAUCAAAAUGAGGGCUGCUUUGAAGCAAAAAUUAGAAGAAUUAGCUACUCCUGGAAAUUGGGACCACAUAACUAGUCAGAUUGGAAUGUUUUCAUACACUGGGUUGAAUCAGCAACAAGUCAAGUAUCUUGUUGAAGAACAUCACAUUUACCUUCCUAAAGACGGACGCAUCAGUAUUUGUGGUUUGAACACAAAAAAUGUGGGGUAUGUUGCUAAAGCUUUUCAUGCUGCUGUAACGAAAUUUCCUUCAAGUCUGUGAUCCUUGUUUUGCACACAAAAUGUAAUUUAUAUAACGUUGCCAAUCUAUGUUUCAUGAAUUAUAGAUCUAUGAUACUUGUUCCAAUCAGUUGUUUUUAGAUUUACUGUUAGAAUAAAAAGUUACUGUUAUCUUUUUUAUGAU